AUGCUGACAUAUGCCAAAUUCUUGGAAGAACUACUAACCAACAAAAGGAAGUUGGAGGACAUGUCCUCUGUGAUACUCAAUGAGAAGUGUUCUACUUUAGUAUGCAAAAAACUUCCCACGAAGGAGAAAGAUCCAGGGGGAUUCAUCUUUCCUUGCACAAUUGUAGGUUUAGUUGAUGAAAAGGCCCUUGUUGACCUUGGGGCAAUUGCCAGACAGAUCCAACCGAAGACUAAGGGCAUAAUUGAAGACAUUCUGGUUAGAGUGGACAAGUUUAUAUUUCCCGUGGAUUUCAUCGUUUUAGAUAUUGAUGACAUGGUUGAAGUGUCAUUAAUAUUGGUGUGGCCAUUUAUAACAACUUCCAAAGCUCACAUUGAUGUCAAGGAUAGCCGAAUAACACUUCGAGUUGGUGACGAAGAAACCACUUUUAGACUUCGUGACUCCAUGAAGCAUACAAUGGACUUCGAUGAUACAUGUUCUUUUGUUGAUGUUGUUAAUAAGGUUAUCUCUUAUUUUGUACAAGAGACAUUCAUGAAAGAGGAACUUGCUGAUCUGUUGGAGGAUACACCCUUGGAUGAUGAGAAACAUGAGGGGUAG